AUUUGAGCUUCGUUAGAAAUCUUCACAAAAUAAGCAGACUGCAUUGAUCAUUUCUGCUAAACUGAUGUUUACCCACAGCACUUUCUGUUCCACCCUUCACGCUUGAGUUAGCUUGCAUGCAUCAUGAGUGUUGAACUAACUGCCGUCAAAUCUCUACGCGAGGCACGAAGCUGCAGCGACGAUUGGACUGGUCUGACGGACCCGGCCGAAAGAAGACGGCGACAGAAUCGCUUGCACCAACGAGCAUGGCGUCGUAGACAAGCGGAGAAGGUUGGUGCCGCCUCUAAGAAGGCUCGGGAUGAAGACCAGGCUGAGUAUCAGCCAUUGCCUAGUCUUGGGCUGGCUCAUAUUGACGCUUUAAAUGCCUAUGCCCUAGAUGUCCAGAGGGGCUUAGACGAGCACCUGGCUGUAAGCCGAGAGUUUCCUGUCGUGCCAUUUGAACGGUUAAAGCCGUUCUCUUACUGGGAACAACUACGGGCUCGAGUAGAAGCCCUCGAUAUCGCCCGAGGCGUGCAACUACGCCCUAAGCAAAGUUCCUCGCUCAUCUACGAUUUCAACAGCCCCGGUGAGGGAACACGACGUUUCCCACCCGUGUUCACCUAUUUAGCUAGCGACUAUGACGGGACCAAUCUCCCUGCCGUCGUCUUCCCGCUCUCCGCAGAUCACCGGCUUCUGGUCCUCAUACAGCUAAACGCCUUCCGCGCCAUGCUGACAAACAUGGCGCUGUUGCGCAUUAUCGAACGGCUGCCGACGGAAUGUGGCAUGGUGCUCUAUGCGAAAGACUUCCCACCUCCCCCCGACGUACUUCCGCCAUCGCUGCAGGACACUUGGCUCCAACAAAACACAUCGCACGACAUGUGGAUAGACUCGAUCCCAUUUCCGAAGAUGCGAGACAAUAUCUUGGCGUAUGGGACUGGCAUUGACGAAGACGACUUCUGCGUUGACAUCAUGGGGGGCCUGUUUGAGGGGUUCAACGACAUUGAGAUCAACGGUGUGCUCGUCUGGGGUGAGCCCUGGUCGGAGACCGGAUGGGAGGUCACGGCAGGAUUCGCGAAGAAGUGGGGAUUCUUGCUGAAGGGGUGUGAUACACUGAUUGAGGCAACGAAUAGAUAUAGGGCAGCUCGGGGAGAGGACAGGCUUGUCGUUGAGUUUUGAGGGCUAGGACUAAGGAGUUACGCAGGAUAUUUUAUGCUGGGUGGGUUUUGGGCU